AUGUCACUGAAACAGAUUGUGACGCUUUCCCUGGCCGCAAGACGAGAGUAUGUAAGGAAUGAAUGUUCAGCACCCUUGGGUAUGGAAAACCGUAAAAUAACAGAGGGACAGAUUUCAGCGUCUUCCCAGUUUGAUGGAAAUCUUGCCCCAACCCACGGAAGACUGCAUUUCAAGGGUGGCUACGGAGCAUGGGCCGUGCGUACGAAUGAUAUAAAUCAGUGGUUUCAAAUCGAUCUUCGUGUUGAGGCAAAUGUCACUUUUGUGGCAACCCAAGGGAGGUACGGGGACCCCAACCAGCGGGUGACCAAGUACAAGUUACAAUACAGCAAGGAUGGACUUUCGUUUCAGGUUUACAACCAGCAUGGAGAAAAUUUAGAUAAGGUGAGAGUGUUUCUUGGAAACAGUGAUCAAGACUCCGUGGUUAAACAUCCCUUGAUUCCUCCAAUUGAAGCACGAUACAUCAGACUGAUACCCAAGACAUGGAAUCACCACAUCUCCAUGAGGAUGGAACUCUAUGGAUGUUUUGAGUGUCUGGCUCCUUUGGGAAUGGAAAACUUUAAGAUAACGCCCGCACAAAUAUCUGCGUCCUCUCAGCAUGAUGGAGAUCAUGCCCCAAACUACGGAAGACUACACUAUAAGGGUAAUUACGGCACGUGGGCAGCGGGAGUGAAUGAUCUACAUCAGUGGAUUCAAAUCGAUUUUAGAGUUCAGACAACUGUCACUUAUGUGGCAACCCAAGGAAGAUUUGGGAGCAGCCAACGGGUGACCCAAUACAAGUUACAGUACAGCAACGAUGGAAAUUCCUUUCAGGUUUUUAAACAGCAAGGAGAGAACACAGAUAAGGUGUUUGUUGGAAACAGUGAUUCUGAUACCGUGGUAAAGCAUCGCUUAACUCCACCAGUCAAAGCGCGAUAUGUUAGACUGGCACCCACAGCAUGGCACUACCACAUCUCCAUGAGGAUGGAACUCUACGGCUGUAUUGACGAUAUGCAAGCUCUCGGUAUGGAAAGUGGUGCCAUUGCAGACUCGCAAUUAACUGCUUCUUCCGAACUGGACAGCUACCACGCUAUCAGGCGAGCGAGGUUGCAUACUAAGGAGACUGAUGUUUAUUCGCGUGGUAGCUGGGCAUCAGCAACCAAUGAUUUGAACCAAUGGUAUCAAGUUGAUUUUGGUAAAAUCACGCCUGUGACACAUGUGGCUACGCAGGGAAGGAAUUCUUACUUUCCUGCACAGAUGGUUACUAAGUACAAGUUGCAGUUUAGUGACGAUGGAGCAUCAUUCUUGUUUUACAAGAGACAAGGAGAAUCUUCAGACGCGGUAAACUGA